AUGUUGCUAACAAACCUCAUAUUUUCCUUUAUUCUUCUCUCGGGCAGUACAAGCGCUGCUCCGGCUUGUAAAGGAAAGCAUGCUCAAAUUCAAGCUCCUCCGGGUGCACUUGUCGUUGAUAGCUCAACCCAGUUCUUCGGUAGCUUCAGCACCGUCAACGCUGCCGUGGCUGCUCUUACCAAUACGACAGCAGAGCAAUACAUCUUCCUCAUGCCAGGAACAUACUCUGAGCAAGUUUAUGUGCCCAAGCUGGCCGGUCCGCUCACCAUACAAGGAUAUACAUGCGAUAGCCGCUCUUAUGCAGAUAACCAAGCGACCAUCACCGGCAACCUCUCACGAACUACUCCAGGCCUGACAAACAACGAUCAGACCGCGACCGUCCGCCUUUGGACCGCGAACGUCAAGCUCUACAACCUGAACAUCGCAAACACAUUUGGUCAAGCAAACACCAGUGGACAAGCACUUGCUUUGAGUGCUCAAAACACCAACCAAGGCUUCUACGGCUGCCGUUUCGAAGGCUAUCAAGAUACGAUAUAUGCAAAUGAAGGCAGACAAGUGUACGUGAAUUCAUUCUUCAACGGUGCCGUCGACUUCAUUUUCGGUCUUCGUGCAAGAGCUUGGUUCGAAGAGUGCGAUAUCGAGACCGUCGGCCCUGGCUUCAUCACAGCCAAUGGACGCGAAGCAGCGAACAAUACCUCUUUCUAUGUCUUCAAUCAGUGCCAGGUCGGUGGAACCAGUGGUGUUGCAUCUACAGUACUUGGUAGACCAUGGCGACAGUUCUCACGAGUCGUGUUCCAGAGAUCUUACCUGGGCGACGUGGUCAAGUCUGUCGGCUGGGAGCCUUGGGAUAAUGUCCAAAGUGUUGAAAAUAUUUAUUAUGGAGAAUACAAGAACAAAGGACCUGGAGCUGUGGGUCCGAGGGCUAAUUUCAGCAUGGAGUUGAAUGCGCCAGUGAAGCUGAAGACACUGUUUGGAAAGCAGUAUAAGAAGGAGUGGUGGAUUGAUCCAAGAUAUCUUUAG